GUUUGUUAUGGCUACAGGAAUGAAUCCUCGAUACUCCCAUACGGCGGGAGCUUCAUCAGGUGCGCGAGCACAUUGGUAGGUAUUCUCAGUGGAGCAAGAUCCUGAAACGACCUCCAAGACACUCAAGCGCCCCUUGACCCUAAAUUUCCAAACACCUCAAACCAGCAACCGUGCACUCUCCUGACACAGACGCUCAGAUCUCUCUUGAGCCCGUCCUUUUUCCCUUUUACGUUGGUGCUCCGUGCGUUUCGUUUUCGAUCUUCCUCUCUCUUCUGCAAGCACUAUCAUUACGUUCACUUCUUGGGCUGAUCUUUCAUUUACUCUCGUUAUUCCGCCCUUUUGCGCGCUCGGCCGCCACAGACGACACCGUCUAUCAUUCGAGCAGGACUCGUCCAACGUUCUUUGACCCGGAUUUCCACGAAAGACACGCUCUUUGAGCAUAUAUAUCGUGCUUUGAAGUAUCCAGGAAAAUCCCUCUCAACCACAUUCCUGUCGCCAAGAUGAACAGAAUCCUGCUGGUCUUUGUCGGCUUCGACAUCGCCUUCCUCCUCUGUGCUGUUCUGCACCUGCUCAUCCCACUAUACACCAGAGCCAGUGUUCCCACAAGCAAUGUCAGCAAUGUCGCCUCCAACCUGCUGCUCGGCCAUUGCCCACUCACAGCAAGCGAAAUCAAUUCGAUCAUCAUGUUCGCGACAUUCCUGCUGUCCAUCCCGUCAAUCUUUAUGAAGCGCAAUCGGGUCUUCCUUCACUUGCAUAUCGUCGGUGUCAUUGCUGCCGCUCUCUUCACCUUGGCGAUCGGUGUCGCGAUCUGGUUCUCGACGCUCCAAGUACACAAGAACCUUGGACCGGUGUGGAACGCGCAGACCCCUGCGAUCCAGUCUCUGUUGCAACAGAAGUUCCAGUGCUGCGGGUACACCAAUCCUGCACUGUUCGUCAAGGACGCGACGUGCAUCAACGCCGCUACUGCCGCACGUUUGGGACCGUGUUCUACGCCGCUGGGUGUUUAUGCCAACCGGUUCCUGGACAUUGUCUUCACCACGUUCUUCGGAUUUGUGGCUGUCGAUAUGAUGCUCUUGUUGUCGGCACUGUGCUUGGUCAAGGACCGAAAGGAGAAGGAACGCUACAAGCUGAUUGAUGAGAAGAGAGGGUGGGGAUCGAUUUGAGCGGGUCUCUUCAUCAUCCUCGACCUGAUUCAUCUACGACAUGUUAUGGCUGAAUGUUUGGAGUUAGCGAAGACUAAGUUUCUGGGAAAAUGCUUCUGUUCAACUGAGGACCAAUAUCUACGAGUAUGAAAGCUGUAUAUCAACGAGCUUGAAGCGAUUUCUUGUCACUGCGUGUUCUAGGGAGCUUUGAGUCUUAGACAAUUACAAUAGAUAGAUAUGACCAUCGACCAUUGACCAUACAAAUCUUACAAACUCUGCAUAUGAUCACAUGUGAAACGGUGCAAAU